AUGAUAUUCCUACUAUACGUUAGUUUGUUGGUGGUUUUAUAUCACAUCGUAAAAAAAUUAUUUUCGGCACCAAAGAGCCCAAACGGUUUUGAUAAUAUACCUUCGAUACCUUCACUAGAGUUCAUAUGGGCAAUGUUCACAGGAAAACCACAGGAUGAAAUCCAAGGAAUAAUAUCUAAAGUUUCUGAUAAAGGGAUUAUCAAGGCAAACGCGGGUACCAUAGCCUUUUUUUAUCUUCAAGACGUUGAAUACAUAAAACAAUUCUUAACAAAGUCAGAGGAUGUCCUUCCUAAAAUGAAACAUGGCUUAGGAAAUAGAGUUAAGAGCUUUUACGGAAAUGGAAUUCUUUUUUCAAACAGCCACUCAUGGCGCAUGCAACGAAAACUAAAUAAUGCGGCAUUCAAUCGAGCUUUAUCACAUGACAUCAUUGGCAAAAAUGCAUUCAAGUUAUUCAAUUUGAUGGAUUAUAACUUGGACAAACCGAUAAAUAUUUACGACAUGAUGCAACGUACAACCAUCGAAAUAUUAGGCCAAGUUGCAUUCGCUUAUGAAUUUGGUAUACCAGAUAUUAUCAAAUCAUAUAAAUAUGUAAUGGAACAAACCGAAAAUUGGUUACACAUCCUCUUUCCUAUUAUGGAUCAUUUACCUCUCGAAUCAAAUAAGAAAUAUCAGGAGAACAUGAAUGUAUUUGAUAAUUUUAUCUUAAAUCUCAUCGCACAAAGAAGGAAGGAGUUAAAAUAUCAAGAUAAAGAAAAAAGUGAUACCACGGAUAAUAAUUUAUUAUCCAGUAUGUUGGAACUUAGUGAGAAAGAAGGUAUUAAGAUCGAUUCUCGUGAAUUGAGAGAUAAUUUGGUGAAUUUAUUCAUUGCCGGUCAUGAUACCACUUCAUUAAAUAUGAGCGUUGCUAUUUACCAUCUCGCUAAAUAUCCGGAAAUGCAAAAGAAGGCCAGAGAAGAAGUGAUCAGAGUUCUUGGAAACGCAUUAACAACCCCAACAUCAGAACAAGUAAAGGAAUUAAAAUAUAUAAACGCGGUCAUAAAGGAGUCUUUACGUACAUAUCCUCCAUUGGCAAUUCUAAUUCCACGUCAAUCUAAUGAUUAUGUUCAAGUUGGUCCUUACAUGAUCCCCCCGGAUUCUUAUACUUGCGUGAACGUUUGGCAUGUUCAUCAUGAUCCAAAUAUUUGGGAAAACCCAUAUCAAUUUGAUCCCGAAAGGUUUUUAAACGGUGAAAAACGACAUCCUUAUUCUUUCAUUCCUUUCAGCGCCGGUCCAAGAAAUUGCGCCGGACAGAAUUUCUCUUUGAUGGAACAAAGGGUUUUAUUGUCAAUGAUACGUAAGUAA